AUGACAGACCAGAGUCUCAUUCGCACUUUUCCUGUGGACGGCUAUGGGUUUGUGGCUCAGCAGGACAAGUUUGAAGAAGAAAGAUUACCAAACUAUCAUGCUGAGCGAUUUUAUCCCGUUCAGAUAGGUGGCGUAUACAAUGACCGAUAUCAGGUUCUCGCCAAGCUCGGGUUUGGUACGUCGUCAACUGUCUGGCUAUGUCGAGAUCUACGAAAGAACAUAUAUCUUGCCCUCAAGAUAUGCACAAUCAGUAACAGCAACAAGACCGAGAAUCAUGCUGAUAUUGAAAUUGAAAUUUCCAACUAUCUCAAAUCAAUAGAGGCCGACCAUCCUGGCAGGGAUUUUCUUCGACUUACCGUGGAUGACUUCAGACUCCAAGGACCACAUGGAAUGCACCAAUGUUUACUGUUCUCACCACUUGGUCUCACUUUCACUAAAUUGCGUAGCAAAUUUCCUGGAGGCUCUAUUCUAAAGGAGCUUGUCCAACAUACAUUACAAGUCAUCCUUGUUGGUCUGGACUUUCUUCAUCAAACAGGCGUGGUGCAUACUGAUCUGUCUCCAAACAACAUUCUCCUCGGUCUGACAGACCACUCUGUGCUUGCCGAUAUAGAGAAAUUAGAGCUUGAGCAGCCAUCAUACCGCAAAGUUCUUCCAGACCGUGUCAUACAUAUGUCACAUACCCUCCCUAUUACCAGCGGUCUACCAGCGAUUUGCGACUUUGAGUGCGGUAGAAUUGGAGAGAAGCAUUCUGGGGAUGUGAUGCCUGGACGAUACCGCGCGCCAGAGGUGAUCCUGGGUAUGGAAUGGGAUUCUAAAAUUGAUAUCUGGGCACUUGGACUGAUGCUUUGGGAUUUUCUCGAAGGACGGACCUUGUUUGAUGCCGCCAAAGAUGGACUCCUUCACGAUGAACGGCAUAUUGCUGAAAUGGUGUCCUUUAUUGGUCCGCCACCGAAAGCCUUCUUAGAAAGGAGCGAAAACUGUCGGAAAUAUUGGGAUAUGGAAGGGAACUGGAUUGCCGAGACGCCCGUUCCUGAUCAAUCACUCGAAAAUCGGGUAAAAAGCUUGAGUGGAGAUGACAGAGAACUCUUUCUUCGAUUGCUCCGGAAAACUCUCCGCUGGCUCCCAGAGGACCGACCGGCUGCGCAGGAGCUGUUUCAGGAUGAGUUUAUCUACCAAGAUCGACUCGUAGGAAGAACAGAUGCGAGUGGCAAUGCUUGA